GUAAAGUGAGAUAUCGUGGGAUCACUCUAGUCCUCUUAUAAGGCUUCAUCGGCGGACCACUCUAUAUAGAUACAGUCAUAUACAUUUUCCAUGUACUCACACUUUUUCCUUAAAUUUCUUCGUAAGCUUUACCUAUAAGAACACAACUCAAACCUCUCUCGCUCCGUCACCUUUUUUCUCUUUUUCCCCAAACCUAUACGGCUAAAAUCCGAAAAAAAAGAAGCGCUUAAUUAUCAAAUCAAUUGAACAAAAAUGCCGGUGGAGGUAGUUACGGCGUCGUUUCUGCGGCGGUGACACGUCAGCGUUUGGUGGUGGGGUUUUCUUUUUUUGAAAAAAUAAAUGGGUUCGAGUCCGGCGGGGAGUGGUGGCGGUGGUGGGUCCGGUGGUAGUGUUGUCGGCGGCGGUGGCGGCGGCGGUGCUGUGGGUGGUUGUACCAAUGGUACAAGCAAUAACGGCUGCUGCAACGUGAGCCUCAAGUGUAGGUGUAGAUGGAGGUGUUUAAUGUCCUCGGGGUUCGUUUUCUUCUUGGGCUGCUUCGUGUUGUUCGGAUCAGUGGCCACGCUCUACGUCUGGUUCGCUUUCACGCCCUAUUAUGCUCGUACGGCCUUGUCGUCUUCCUCCAUGCUUGGUUGUCAGGAGGACAAUGAAGGUUCCUGGUCUGUUGGUGUUUUCUUCGGCGACUCUCCUUUUUCCCUCAAACCCAUUGAAGCUAUGAAUGUAUGGAGGGACAAAACUGCGGCUUGGCCAGUGGCCAACCCAGUUGUGACUUGUGCUUCAGUUUCUGAUGCUGGUUUUCCAAGUAAUUUUGUUGCUGAUCCUUUCCUUUAUGUCCAGGGAGAUAUUUUUUACUUGUUCUAUGAAACCAAGAAUUCAAUCACCAUGCAAGGAGAUAUAGGGGUUUCAAAAAGUACCGAUAAGGGAGCAACAUGGCAGCAAUUGGGCAUUGCCUUGGAUGAAGAGUGGCAUCUCUCUUAUCCAUAUGUCUUCAACUACCUUGGCCAAAUAUAUAUGAUGCCUGAGAGCAGUAUGAAAGGAGAGCUUCGUCUGUACCGAGCACUCAAUUUUCCAAUGCAAUGGACUCUGGAAAAAGUGAUCAUGAAAAAGCCUCUUGUUGAUUCCUUCAUAAUCAAUUAUAAUGGAGCUUAUUGGCUUUUUGGUUCAGAUCACAGUGGAUUUGGUACCAGAAAAAAUGGACAGUUGGAAAUCUGGUAUAGCAGCUCACCUCUUGGUCCUUGGAAACCACACAAAAAGAACCCUGUAUAUAAUGUUGAUAAGAGCUUUGGGGCUCGAAAUGGAGGCAGACCAUUUUUCUACAAUGGGAAUCUUUAUCGUUUUGGUCAAGACUGUGCUGAAACAUAUGGGAGAAGAGUGCGCACCUUUAAGGUGGAAGUUCUUACCAAAGACGAGUACAAAGAAGUUGAAGUCUCCUUAGGGUUAAUAGAGCCAAGUAAGGGGCGCAAUGCUUGGAAUGGUGCUCGCCAUCAUCAUCUUGAUGUGCAGCAGCUGAAUACUGGUGAGUGGAUUGGAGUGAUGGAUGGAGACCGGGUACCUUCCGGAGAUUCAGUUCGGAGGUUUAUUCUUGGCAGUGCUUCAGUAGUGAUUGUUGCUGUACUCGUUAUAUUACUGGGAGUACUACUUGGAGCUGUGAAGUGCCUAAUUCCCCUCAAUUGGUGCACUUACAACUCGGGUAAGAGGAGUGAUGCAUUCUUGGCCUGGGAAAGGUCACAUUUGUUUUCUUCGAAAGUGAGACGGUUUUGCAGCCGCUUGAACAGAGAAGUUUCAUUCUUCAGAGGGAGGAUUAAACCUAAUACCUGUGCUGGAAGACUGGUUCUUGCUAUACUUUUGGCAUGUGGAGUCGCAGCUAUGUGCACAGGGGUUAAAUAUAUAUAUGGUGGCAGCGGUGCAGAAGAAGCUUACCCAUUGAAAGGUCACUACUCAGAGUUCACCUUAUUAACAAUGACCUAUGAUGCUCGUCUUUGGAAUUUGAAAAUGUAUGUUAAACACUAUUCUAGAUGUUCCUCAGUGCGAGAAAUCGUUGUGGUGUGGAACAAGGGAAUACCUCCUAAAGUAAGUGAUUUUGACUCCACAGUGCCAGUUAGGAUCAGGGUAGAGAAACAAAACUCACUUAAUAAUCGGUUCAAGAUGGAUUCUUUGAUAAAGACACGAGCUGUUCUGGAGCUUGAUGACGACAUUAUGAUGACUUGCAAUGAUAUUGAGCGGGGAUUCAGGAUAUGGCGUCAACACCCAGAUCGUAUUGUGGGUUUCUACCCCCGGCUAAUUGGUGGAAGCCCGUUGAAGUAUAGAGGUGAGAAAUUUGCCCGGACUCAUAAAGGUUACAACAUGAUUCUCACAGGGGCAGCUUUCCUUGAUAGUCAAGUAGCUUUCGAGAGGUAUUGGGGUGAAGAAGCCCGCCAAGCUAGGGAAGUCGUGGACAAGUAUUUCAACUGCGAGGACGUGCUGAUGAAUUACUUGUAUGCAAAUGCAAGCUCAUCUAAGACUGUGGAGUAUGUGAGGCCUGCAUGGGCAAUCGAUACGUCCAAGUUAUCCGGUGCUGCAAUCAGCCGAAAUACACAAGUUCACUAUCAUAUAAGGAGCAACUGCCUCCAGAAGUUUUCUGAGAUGUAUGGAAGUUUGGCCGGUCGCAAGUGGGAAUUUGAUGGCCGGAAGGAUGGUUGGGAUGUAUAGCCAGGCAGGUAGAGUAGCUAGUCGCUUAUCAACUCCUGAAUUUGUUAAUCCUUCUCUCUUCAUUUAGUGAACUUUUAGUAGUUUCUUUUUAUACUCCUUUCCCUCCCUAGCCCCCUGUGAAUUUCCUGUCGGGGAAUUUAGUUUAUCUAUAUAUUUGAAUUUUGAUCAGUAAGAUGUACAUUGUAUUUUUUUGGUAUUUCUUAUGUGUUGGUGGAAAUUGAUCUGGCUUAAGUUUCUAUU